AUGACUGACAACGACCACAACACUCCCAACAAUGUGAUCUCAAGGUUCAAGUUCCCGUAUAUACCACACCUAUCCCAUCGUGUUAGCAGACUAUUCAAAAAUCUAAAAAAUGGAUGCGCCUACUACAAUUUAAGUACUACUAAAAGAUUCUUUACUCAACUCAAGCACAAAACACCCAGUACACUUGAAUCUGAAGUAGUAUACAAGAUAGCCUGCCAAAACUGUCACAAGUGCUACGUGGGUCAGACUAAACAAUACCUGAAGGAAAGGAUAAGACAACAUAAGAGGGACUGUGAAGACGUGGCCAACUACAACAAAACAGCGGUUACACACCACCAGAUGACUACCGGCCACAAGUUUGAUUUUGAUAACGUAGAGAUCCUAGAUAGAGAGAAGAACGGAUACAGAAGGAACAUAAGCGAGAUGAUACAGAUCAGACGCAACAACACCGUAAACCACCGAGAAGACGUUGAACACUUAAGUAUCAUCUACAGCAACUUAAUGGAUGACUAA